GGCUGCGAAUCCAUCGGACAUUCACUUCUCUGUGCAGAGCAAAAGGUUACUUCCAUCUGACAGCAUGAAGGUGCUCGUCCUGCUCACUUGCCUGUCGGCGGUCUGCCUCGCUAUGAGACCACAUCCAUGCAGGUCACCACCACUGCUGACAGGACGAUUUUCUGUGUCCACCUCCAGUGGGAACCUGACGGUGUACGGCAAGUACAUCUACGACGCCCUGGGAGAGCGGAUCCGCUUCAGAGAGUGUGGCUCUCACGACAAUAAGACCUUUCACCUCGACGUCCUCCUGCUCUACAGACAGAAAGUCAUGUACAAUAUUAACUACAAAAACCACACAUGCACUAAGAUGCCACUGAACGCACACUUCCACCCACUGGCCGUCCCAAGGAAGGCGUCCCUGCUGGGGCAGGUGGUGUUGGGCACCUCCUCUCGACGAGGACAGGGACUCCUGGUGAACACCUGGGUGGGAAAAAUACAGACCAAAAACAGAACAGCGAAGUACAUGAGCACUGUCACUGAGUUUGGAUGUAUUCCUGUUACCACUCUGUUCCAUGCCGAUAAAGGAUGGGUGGUGACCAGCUUCUUCGACAAUGUGAUUGGAAUCAGUAACCCCAACCUGCUGAACCCUCCACAUUUCUGUAAGGAUGCACAGCUGGAGGAAGACAAUGAAGAAGAUCCAGAGACCUUCUUCAGCCUGUUUGAAAAUUUCGAGCUAGAGUCAGACAUGUACAUAGAUGAAGACUACUGAUUAACUGUCUGUAAAACACGUACUAUUCAAUUAACUUUAAUCUUUGACUGCAUUAGCUGUGAGUUCACUACUCCAUCUAUUUUUGUAUAAAACUAUGAUGAUGUUAAAAAUGUUGUUUGAAUUGCCUUGCAUUAGCAAUAACCAAUCACUGGGUGAAUGGAACACGUUCCAUUAUGCAAGAUACUGUAACAAAACUGGUUUCAUGUUUUGACUAAUAACUAAUAACUUGGAAUUGAUUCAGUUGGUACUUGUCUCCUACUGUAGGCCAAAUGAGAUGUUAUGCUACACUGAUGAGGUCUCCUCAUAUUAAAACUACUUUGAAGAAUA